GGUUGCUAAGCGCAGCGAUGAGACGGAUCCGGCGCCGGCAGCCCAGGGAAGGGGGAGGCGCGAGCGAGAGCGCGUGGGAGCGCGGAGGCCAGAGCCGGGAGGGGGAGCGAGCGGAGAGACACGCCGGGGAGGCGCGCGGGAGCGAACGCCCGCUCGGGAGCCGGAGCCCCGCGGCAGUGCGGCCGCGCCCCUGCCCGAGCCGGUGCGGCCGCCCAGCCCCGCUCCGCCCGCCGCCUUCUGGGCUCCCGAGGAUGGAGGACUCCCGGGAGACGUCGCCGUCCUCCAACAACUCCUCGGAGGAGCUCAGCUCUGCCCUGCAGCUGUCCAAGGGCAUGUCGAUCUUCCUGGACAUACUGAGGAGAGCAGAUAAAAAUGAUGAUGGAAAAUUGUCCUUUGAAGAAUUCAAAGCGUAUUUUGCAGAUGGUGUUCUGAGUGGAGAAGAAUUACAUGAGCUUUUCCAUACCAUUGAUACACAUAAUACGAACAAUCUCGACACAGAAGAACUAUGUGAAUAUUUUUCUCAGCACUUGGGUGAAUAUGAGAAUGUACUAGCAGCACUUGAAGACCUAAAUCUUUCCAUCCUGAAGGCCAUGGGCAAAACAAAAAAAGACUACCAAGAGGCCUCCAACUUGGAACAAUUUGUAACUCGAUUUUUAUUGAAGGAGACCUUGAAUCAGCUUCAGUCUCUCCAGAAUUCUCUGGAAUGUGCCAUGGAAACUACUGAGGAGCAAACCCGUCAAGAAAGGCAAGGGCCGACCAAGCCAGAAGUCCUGUUGAUCCAGUGGCCUGGAAAGCGAUCAAGUCGCCGAGUCCAGAGGCACAACAGCUUCUCCCCCAAAAGCCCCCAGUUCAGUGCCUGUGGUCCAGGCUUAUUAGAAGAAGACAACCAGUGGAUGACCCAGAUCAAUAGACUCCAGAAAUUAAUUGAUCGACUGGAAAAGAAGGAUCUCAAACUUGAACCACGGGAAGAAGAAGUUAUUGAAGGGAAUACUAAAUCUCACAUCAUGCUUGUGCAGCGUCAGAUGUCUGUGAUAGAGGAGGACCUGGAAGAAUUCCAGCUUGCUCUGAAACACUAUGUAGAGAGUGCUUCUUCCCAAAGCGGCUGUUUGCGCAUUUCCAUACAAAAGCUUUCCAAUGAAUCUCGCUACCUGAUUUAUGAGUUUUGGGAGAACAGUAGUGUGUGGAAUAGCCACCUUCAGACGAAUUAUAGCAAGACAUUCCAAAGAAGUAACGUGGAUUUCUUGGAAACUCCAGAACUCACAUCUACUAUGCUAGUUCCUGCUUCAUGGUGGAUCCUGAACAACUAGAUGUUCCUAGACAUUUUCCUCAUGGUUCCGAGUGAAAAACAAAGAGAGCAACGGCAGGGAUGCAUGUGCACAGAGAAAAGGCCACAUGAGGACACAGUAAGAAGGUGCCAGCAGCAAACCAAGGAGAGGCCUCAGAAGAAAUCAACCCUGCUAGCACCGUGGUCUUGGACUUCCAGUCUCUAGAACUGUGAGAAAAUGCCUUUCUGUUGUUUAAGCUAAAAAGAAAAAAAGUUGAUACAGGAGUAUACAACAAUCGUGGCUAUAAUCUACACUCUCUAUAUACCUGUCAGGUUAGAAACUGGUUUUUUUGCAAGUGAACAAUUCGGUGAUAGUUAGGGUACCAUUUAGCAACGGAACUUGUAUAGUUCUAUAAUGAUCUAUAGUUAUAUCAUUUAUUAGCAUCAUAAUUCCCUGUAUGUAAGUUCAACAAAUCAAGAAAAGAGGACAGUCUUAGUUUGAGAAAAUCAGGUUCAAAUUUUUGGCACAUGAUCCAGAGGACUAAAUUCUUAUUAAAAAAUAGACAUUUGCACUUAAUGAGUUCAAAAUAUUUAAAAAACAAAACUUUAACCUCAGUGAACAAAGAAGAACUAUACAUUAAGCACAAAACUUUAGGGAAGGUAUUGGACAGAAAACAUUUCCCAGUCUCAGCACUAGAAUGACAACAGCUCUAAUGUCACUAGAACAGUUAACUGUGUCCCUAAUAUGCUCUGCUGUACAAGCUCAUAUAUUACAUAUUUUUAAUAGAAUCUAUUCCGGUAAAUGCUGCUAGUGAAAAUCCAGUACAUAUGGGAGUUUGUUACCAUGUUAUUCUCUAAUCCAAAUUCCUUUGAAGCCAUAGGUCUUCAAGGAAAAAAACUUUUAUUUAUUUUUUUUUUUUUACUGUUGGAAAACCCAGAAGGUCGAACUAAAAUUAUAUUUUUUAAAUAUAAAAUUUGACCUAAAAUAUUUUCUCCAACUAAUUUAUGAAAUACUAACUUCUGUCACUACCUUUGUAUGCCCUCAGUCCUCAUUCACUCUAAAUUAUUUUUUUCAUAGUUUCUACUAGACAAGGGCAGUAAAUUUUGACAUAUAUACACACACACACAAAUGUGUGUGCAUGUGUACAUAUGUGUGUAUGUCUUUGGUCACUUCUAAAGAUGACAAACACUAUGAAACAACACCUGGCUCAACUCUUUUAAUUUACAUACAAAGCAGAGAACAUGAAUGGAGUUGUACAAUGAUUAUUCAAACAAACUAUACACAUGUACAAAAGCAAACGGGUAAGGGCACAGUCUUUGCAGUCUCACUCUGAUUAUAUACAGUGGCGUCUGACAUACAAACUCUUCUUGAAAAGGUUGUUUAUAAAUGGUUUCAAAACAAUACAAAUUAUAGCCAGUAAAAACAUAGUAUUAGAAUCAGAAAGUACCUAAGUCUUCUAAGUAUGAGGCAGUUUCCGAAGUACAAUGGUGGUAGGACUUCAGAAAGGUUUCUGCCCUCAGUAACAGUGUUGAGCAGAAUGGCUGUUUAGAUUCCAAACUAGAAUAGGUUCUAUCAUAGUUUUUUUAACUAGAGUCAAAAAAAUAUGGUUAUACUGACCCCAGCUUUUACACAAACUAUAUAUAAAUGUUUGUGUGUGUGAGAAUGUGUGUGGAUACACAGUAUAUGUGUGUGUGUGUGUGUGUGUGUGUGUAUAUAUAUAUACAUAUA